AUGACUCGAACUCUUAGUAGUGAAGCAACAUUAUAUAAAGAAAUCAUCGAAGAAGCAAAAAAGAAUAAGAAGCUCUUUUUUAAUGAGAGUACAGUUGGUACUAGUUUACCAAUUAUUAGUACAUUAAAAGAUUUGGUUAGAACUAAAGAUAAAAUUAAUAGAAUAGAAGGUAUAUUUUCAGAAAUAUUAAGUUAUAUUUUUAAUGAAUUCUCAAAAUCAGAUAUUGAUAAUGAGUUAGAUGUUGCUCGUAAAGUCAUAAUUCUUGGUAGAAUGACUGGGAUAAACCUAUCUCUUGAUAUAUUACCUUUAGAAAAUAUUUUUAUGGUAUUUGCAAUACUUAAAGAUAGUGAUAAUAUGAUUGCAUUCACUACCCAGAGGUUUUCCAAUCCUUUAAUCAUUCAAGGAGCUAGAGCUAGCUCACAAGUAUUAACUUACCUUGAAUCUCUGAAUAUUAGAUAUUUCAGUACUCAGAGCAAUAAUUAUGAAAAUACCAUGUUACCUUCUGG